AUGCAUCUCCAAUACCGCCUCUCCUUCUUUCUCCUCCUCCUCACCACUCCCCUCACCCUCGCCCUCCCCAAUUUCCUCGACCUCUUCCGCCUUCACGCCGUCCCAGGCCCCCGCGCCGUCUCCCAGCUCGUCCCUACCGCAUGUACCGAUAGCAGGAGCGCGAACACGGAAAUCGGGUGUCCAACUACUAUCGGCUCUGUAAACCCAAGCGCGACUACGGAGACGACCACCCAUACCGCGCACACGCAAAUCGAACCCAGCCCAGGCACUGGCACUAUUCCAGCACUCGUGACGACGGAUAGCAGGACCGCGAAUACGCAGGCUGUGGGACCGAGCACUGUGCCUAGCACGACGAUCAGCACGGCGGGGGCGCAUGCGCCGACGAAUGUGGGGGCGUGGGAUGCGGCGUUGGGAGCUAUGGUCAUGGUUGGGGUUGGGAUGGGAGCGAUGGGUUAA